CUUCACUUAAUGAAAUAUCUAUUUAACUUCUUGUGUUUUUGGUGACAAAACUAAAGUUUUUCCCUUUUUCUAGUUUCACAAUAAAGCUCAAUGAGCUAUCUUUCAUUUCAAUAAAGUUAGAAUCUUUCUUAGUUUAGAAAUGUUAUCAAAAAAAUCUCUACAAAAUCAAAAUAUGGCUGUAGAAAACUUUAUUUCCAGAGUAAAAAAAUAGUGCUUUAGAAAUCUACAGCAAGGAAAGCUACAGCAAAUAAAUCUACGGAUUAAAUUUUACAGCAAAAAAUAUAAAGCUACAGCACCUAAAAGUAUUCUUAGUAAAGUGUUUGGACAUCAGAAAAUUUCUAAAACGAAACUGUUUGUCUCGUGUUUUCGGUAAACACUCAAUAUGGCUGAAUUAAAAUCCGUGGUUAGAUCGCAAUUAUCUCGAACUAUUGCAAGAAACUGCAUCCUCGAAUCUAUCUUCCGAAGGACUUGGUUUAGGCCCUUUAGGGUGUUCUAACCGUAAACAUGACAAGUAACGUUUGAGCUUUGACAAGAAAGAAAAGAAGGCUAAAAACAUGACAACCUACGCCUACGCGCGCGCGCACACACACAAAAGAAGAGAAUGUGACGUGACGUAAUGUAACGUAGAUCUCUUACUUACUCACGUCGUUGUACAUGUAGACUACACAACUCCAUAAAAUCCGUUUCUUCCCUCCACCACCACCAGUCAUCCAAAUCCAACAUUUUUCACAAAAUGUUCUCUUUUCUCAGCCCAUUGUUGGAUGUUAUCAAGGUUGUUGUUGCUUCCGUGACUUCCGUAGUCUUAUUUGUCUUUGCGGGUCUAACACUCUCCGGUUCAGCCGUGGCAUUAGUUGUAUCCACACCGUUUUUCCUCAUAUUCAGUCCAAUUCUUGUUCCCGCCACUAUAGCCACUACUCUCCUAGCCUCUGGGGUCACGGCCGGUGCCACCCUCGGAAUCACCGCCAUUAGUCUCAUCAUGGGACUCAUCAAGACAGCGGAAGGAAGUUCGUUGGCACGGUUAGCCCAAACACCAUUGAAACUGUUUAAGUUUUCAGGUGGAUUUGGAGGAUCAUGGGGAGGAAAACCAUUUUCUGGAACAUUUGGAAAUAAAGGAUCUCAAUCGUCCGGAAAUAUCCCAGGAUGGUUAAAAAAUCUACUCAAUGGUAUACCAGGGGGUGGAGCGGCACCUGCGGCAGGAGGAGCUGCACCUGCACCCGCGGCGCCUGCACCCGCGGCACCCCCAGGAUAAGGGAAAUUAGCCGAGCUUGUCCAAACAUAUAGCAUAUAUACUAAUUGUGUAUCAAUUAUAGAUUUUAUCAAAUUAAAAGGAAAAAGUCUUCUUAUUAAUACGUUCUAUGUAAUGAUGAAAAAUAUGUGGCUACAUAUAUAUAUAUGAACAAAACUUGAGUUCUCUC